AUGGUCAGUUAUCUCUUCAAGAAGAAAGAGGGGCUUGAAGCACAAACACAGAAUGAUCAUUCAGCAAAGAGCUGCAAUGGUAAAUGCCCUGCAAAGACAGGAGAGGGUCUUGUUACAAAGGAAUUAGAAGAUGCAAGUGUGCGCGACGGAGAUGUAAACAGUGCUGAAGCAGAGAAUUUGAACCUCAGAAUAAGAGAGCUGGAAGAGUCGGAGCAAAAACUGAAAAAUGUUUUAGAUGACUACAAGGAAUCAGAUUCUGCACUAAGAAAUAGAGUGAAAGAGCUGGAACUGUCACACAAAACACUUCUGGCGACGACUGACCAAUUAAACCUGAAGAUGCACCAGGUUGAAAAUGCAAAUAUGCGAGUUAAAGGGCGACUGCGAGACAUUCAGGAGGAGCUGAUGAACUUGGUUGAAAUCCAAGAAAAGGCAGAGAAGAAGCAAAAGGAAAAAUUAUGUUGGCUUCAGGAGCAGCUGAAGACAAAAGAAGAAGAAGUAAAAAGCCAGUCAGAGUAUUUUGAGCACUACAAGCAGAGGCAGAAGCAACAGACAGCAGCGCUGAGAGAAAGGGAAUGUUACCUCCAGGGUAAGGUGUCUAGGCUGGAAAAGCAAGUCCUAGAUCUCAGCACCCAUAUUGCUCUUCUGACAUCCAAGUUAGAAGAAGGAAUGGUACAGUAUCUCCAACAGAAGCUGGAAGCAGCAUUCACUGGGAUUCAGGGCAAUAUACAUCCUGACAGGGAGGUAACAAAAUUGAAAACUUUCAUUGAAAUUGUGGAGCAUGACAUGAAAAGCCACCUUGAGAUAUUGCAGCAUAAUCUGAAUCUCUUAAGGGAAAAAGAGGAAGGCAAUAGAAGAGAACAAGCAGACUUGCUGACUAAACUUCAGUGCUCCCAGGACUCUGAAGACUUUCUCAGAAGGAAAUUGGAGGAAUCUUGCCAUCAUGUUUAUGAUCUGAAAUUAUCUGAAAUCAAACUGCAGGAACAAAUCAAAGAGCUUUUGAAUGAAAAUAGGGCUUUAAAGGACCAAGGGGACCUGAAGUUAAAAAAAGAAGAUGAAAAAGACUCAUGUCUUGCAAGACUGGAGAAUGGAGACAACAUUGCAGUCGGUGUAGACCUGAAUGGAGAGCUAGUCGAAGAUGACCUUCAAAACCUGAAAUGGGGACCAGUCUCAGAUCCAGUCCGAAGCAAAGCUACACAGACUCCAACUGUGCUACUGCGUGCUGAAAAGUCUGAAACAUCAGGAUGUGGUUUUGAUUGGCUUAAGCACAUGGAGAAGCUACCGAAAAAACUUCAGCCAGUUUUGGAGCCGAAUUUCAGUGCCUCUGCAGAAACUCCUGAAGAACUCAGUCUGACUGAGACUGAGCAGAUCAGCCUUGGAGAUAAAAUGGCAGAUGCUCUGGAAGAUGCAUUCAUUCUGUUUGGACAUAUCCCGAGCUACCCUCCAGCCAGACUGCUUCCUUCUUGCUCUGAGAAGCUAACUAAUGAUGUGACAAGUAAGGACACCAAAGAUGAAGAACACUCCUCUCUCUUUAAGGAACAAACUAUAAAUCUACCAGCAAAGGCUUUGCCUAUUUCCGUGGUUGAAGCUUUGAUGAUGAACAAGCGCCAACUUACUUUGUUAGAACCUGAAAGCCACCACAUGCCAACUGUCACAACACUGAAGAAAGUGAUGAGCCUCAAUUUCAAUGAGGUAAAUACCUCAUUUUAUUCUGAUGGCCUUUUACAUGUUUCAGAAAGAGGCUUUUCAGAUAAGGCUUUUGCAGUUCUUCAUGGAAAGACGCCUUGCACUGCAUUCACAUUCCUGUUAGAAAAACAUGAUGUGGAAAGGUAUCAGCAAAAUAAGCCAAUUCUGUCAAAAAGCAUAAGUGAAAAUAAAAUUGUAGAUAAAGAUGUUAAUGAUGGAAAGUAUCAACAAAAAAUCUUUAGAGGGAGAGCUAAAGGAGAAGAAAUGAAGGAUGAGAAAGCCCAACCAGAAAAGAUGGCCUGUGCUCUUGAGGAAAUAAGCAAAAUUUUAAAUAAAACUGAGUUGAUCAGGCCUGGAAAACAAGGAAUGGAUCCCAAGCACAGUCUAGGUAGCCCACAAGGUGUACAAAACACAUGUGCUGAUUUUAAAGACCUAAACAAGCAGUCUGAAGGGAGUUCUGGAUUAAUGGAGAAACAAGGAAACCUCUCAGAAAUCUGCAUCCCUGAUGAAGUGAAUAGGGUAUACAGUGGAGGAGAUAUAAUCAAAACAGAAGAGAAAGGAGAACAAUCUCAGAAACCAACUGAACAAAUAAACCCCUCAAGAAAUGGACUGGAAGAUAAGAAAGAACAGGCCCUGAAUCUGUGUGACCCAAAAAAGAAUUCCUCCCAUCAAAAAAUGGCUGCUGAAAGAUUGCAAUGUGCAUACCCUCAGAAAGCUGCGUGCUUGGAGGAAGAGACGUAUCCACUGAACAUUUCCUCUGCUAUGCCGGAGAGGGAUGUGAGCUUAAGGAGAGUGUUAAUGCUAGAGAGUAAUUUUUAUGAGUAUUUCUGUCAUGUAGCAUCACUGGAAGCUGAUAAUGAAUGUAACGUGAAAAUACGUGAACUAGAGAAAGACGUGGCUACGUGUUCUCAGAGGAUAUUUCUACUGAUGCAAGAGAAUGCAAAUUAUUCAAAAAAAGUCUGUACGUUACAAGAGGAGAAUGAGAAAUGUGCUCAGAAGUUAUGUGCACUGGCAGAGGAGAUGGAUGCAUAUUUUCAAUACAUUUUGGCAGCAGAUGAAGCUAACAUUUCUUUCCAAAACUUACUUAAUGAGAAAGAAAUUGCUGAUGAAUGUUGUAAUUCCGUUUCAGAAGAGAACACCAUCAGCCCAGAAAUCAUUUGUGCUGAAACCUUUUCUAAGAACCUCUCAUGUGUUGAAGCGAAAAGUAGGAAUUCUGGAAUAGAAUUGUUGAUGAUGGAAUCAAAUAAACUUCCCAAGAGUGUUUUAUCCCUGGAUGGAAGGAAGAGGAGAUAUUUCCAGCUGCUUUCUGACCUGAAAGAGGAAAGAAAUAGAUGUUUCAAAGACAUAGCUAAACUCUUACAAGACAAGGAGAACUAUAUAGCAAAAAAUAAUGAAUUAAUAAAAGAGAGAGAGAAAAAUUUACAAAGAAUAUCUCUUCUAGAAGGUGAAAAAGAAGCUUUAUUAGGAAGUUUGGCAGACAUAAAGGGUGAACAAGAGAAAUACAGGACCUUGGUUUCAGAGCUUCAGGAGUGCAGAACCAACUGUUACCAAACAAUUUCUGAUUUACAAGAGGAAAAAUGUGUACUGAAAAGAGAUAUAGACAGAAUCAAGAAAGAAACUUCAGAACAGCUUUUAGAACUUCAGAAAGCAAAUACAAAUUUCAUUUUAGAAAAUAACAGAUUGAAAGAAUUAAUGUCUUAUUUGGGUUUCACCUAUGAAGAGCUGAGAAAAGAUAAAAAUAUGGGAACAAAGGAAAAGAUAGUAAAACUAAAAGAAGAAAAUGUAAGUCAACAACAUGAUGUUAAGCCAAAGAAAGUUGAAACAGCAUGUAGUGUAACUCAGACUGAAGAAAAAGGAGUUCUGGUUGUAGAUCCUUCAGACUAUUUCACCAGAAAAGAGGGCAGCACAUUCAAAAGCUACAGUAUGAUGAAAGAGCAACUGGAAAGGGCAAAAGAAGAGCUAAAAAUGCAACAAAAGGAAUUAGAAAAAUCAAAAAAGGAGGCUCAGAAGUGGUACAGAGAGCUUGGCUUUGCAGAAACAAGAUAUGAAGAAAUGAAAACACGUUUGACACAGGUUCUUUCAGAAUUAGAUCAGCUUAAACAAGAAGCUGGGGACAAAAUUCUUGGAAAACAGCACUGCAAAUUAGUGCCUGUGCACAAUGUGAGAGAAGCCCAAGAAAUGGUGGAGAGUAAAAUAGCCAAAAAGAGAUUAGAGCAGCAAGUGCUGACCUUGAAAGCCCAGCUCAGGGACCAGGCUGCAUUACAAAAUCAGUUUCAAGAUUUGCAAAAUGAAGUGGAAGUGCUUCAGGCUCAGCUAUGCGAAAAGGUGAAAGAACUUCAGAAGCAAAAGAGUGAAGCAAAGUUGACACUCGCUCCUCUGAAGGCUAGGCUGGCUUGCCUCAUCCGAAAGUGCCAGGAAAGGAACAACUUAAUUACUAGGAUGCAUGGAGAGUUUCACAGGCAAGGAAUUAUUAGCUCAACUUUUGAAGAAGAGGUGAAGAAGUUGGUGAACGAUGUGGCACUGGCAGAGUAUGCAAUUGCUUUUACACCGUUGUGCAAUCAAGAGACGCUGCCGUCUUCUGCAGAUAUUUCACAGGCCAAUGGAGAGUCAAAGGAUCACGAGACACACGUUCAAGUGAAUGGGAUGACUGGGCCAAUGCCUACAGACGCUCUGCAAAACAUGGAUGGCCUUCACAGUUUUCGCCUCUCUCCAAGCAUGUAUGCUACUUCUCCUGUAAAAUUAAAUGAUCCGGAGAGGCUCAUAGCCUUGCAUUGGAACUAAGACAAAACCAUCGCAGCAGUUGCCAGGUACCUUCGGUUGUCUCCUCCGAUUCAAAUCUGAAGGCUGACUUCAGUCUGCCUGGGAUCUGAGACGAAGCCUACUGGCCUGUACCGUCAAAGAUGAAUGAUACACUGAAACUUUCCGAGAGUAGUGCUUUCUGUGCCGUAAAGGGGAGGGGUCGGUUGUCGAAAUGUGAUGAUGUAUUUUUGGGUCAAAUAGGAAAUCAGCAUGCAGGGGCUACUCCCCGGGGAAUGAAACAGAAAAAUGUCAUUACGAAUAACACAUGGAUCUCUAGAGAAAAACCAGAUGGCUCAACCUCAGCUACCACAGCAAAAAGCUAUUUGUCAGACGUGUUGUCAGCAAGUAAUAAAGGUCGAAAUCCUGUGGGGAGAAAUCGACUGCAUUGGAAAGACUAGAAACCUCAGAAAUAAAAUAAGAUGAGAAAGUACACACUGGGCCGAUUCCAGAGCACCGCAAAAACUUUUGGAGGGACCGCUUUGCCAGUUGGCUUGUUCUACAUUAUUAAACAGUGGGGAAAGGCAGCCUGAUGGUUGAUUCGGCGAGACCUAAUGAGGAAUUAGGACACAGCCGUGUAACUUUCAUUGUAGGAUAAAGGACUGUCUUAGAAAAUCUUGAUCUCUCUGCGCCAUUUCAAAUGAGAAUUUCUGGCCUGGAUUCCUGGAAGAGGGUUGUCCAGUUCAGUUGCUGGAAAGAAUUGCCAUUGUUUGCAACUCACUUUUGCUCUGAAAAGCAACGACCUAUUGUCAGCUCCGUCUACAAUUACACUCUCAGAAGACACUGCCGGUACUGACCUGCCAUGUGUGAACUUGCCCUCAGGGACGGAGAUAUGAUUUGGGUAUUUGGAAAACCAAGAAAGGGUGAUUUCUCUGAAGCUAAGGUGAAUGGAAGGCAAGGUUUGGCUCCCAUGGUCUUUCAUCAAGAAGUUAAUUUUCAAUCAAUCAGCUGGAAAAAUUAAAGAAGGUGUAGUGAAGGGAAGAAUGUAUCAGGCACAGAGAAGAAGCAACACCACUCUGAAGGAAUGAUGAAGGGUGCUUUUGCCCUGAUGGUUGCCACAGCUGCUUCAUUAUGGGAAAAGCUGAAAACCUGCACCAGCUUAUCAGCGGCAAUGACUUAGCCACAUCUUGUCAUGGAAGCUGGUGACAUGAGCCAAGCCAGUGUAUGGUUUGAGUUUCUUUCUGUUUUGUUUCCUUAGAAUCUCAGUACUUGCAUUUUAAAGGAAUUAUCAAGUUUAACACAAAUCUCAUUCUUUGUUUAUGUGGGUAUGUAAUGGCUAUACCUUUAUAUGGCUUCGAGCAUUCCUGAAAGAGGUGCUGGCUUUGAUCUGAGCUCAGAUGUUCAGUGUUUCUGAGGAUGUGGUACUUGAGGGUACAAGCUAUCCCAAGGAAAUAGGGUAGAACUGCAUUUUACAAGGGGAAGUAGGAGCUGAGGAUGCACUUAGUGUGCACUGAGAGGCACUUGAAACAUCAAAGGACUGUGUCCUAAUACUCUAGAUUGAUUAUUUCAUUCACAUGAAUAGUUCACACUGAAUUUAACUUUCAGAUAAGGUAUUCCCAUGCAUAUGUGCUUUUUCUGAAAGAGGUGCUUUUGUACACACAGGCUGGUAACAAAUCAUGUGAUGCACACAUAUAUGCAACCACAAUGUGCAGCAUAGAUUUAUGAACCCACAACCCCUGCUAUUCAUACCUGAGUACCUAUUUGUGAAUGCAGGGAGAUGUGAAGAGAGGCACAAAACUUAUGCAUAAGAGGUCAUAUGGAUAUGCACAGUCCUUCUUUAACUAAAAGCUUGCACACAGCCCUAUUGAAGUCAGUGGCAUUGCUCCUGCUGUUUGGAAUGGGAGCAACUACUUUCCCAAACUAUCCCUUACAGUGUAAUGCACUUCCAGUUUUGAUAACUAUUUUGAAACUUGCAUUUACUCUUUUUUUAAUUUGUUUAUUUAAAUGAACUAAUUGCUAGAACGUGCUGCUCUUUACAGUGCUUAGUCUGCCAGUAAUUCCAAAUAUCCUUUGAAAGGAGGCAGAAGAAUAAUAAAUUGUGGAAUCCCAAGUCAGAUUUAUGUAAAGUGCAUUUCUAGAUUAUGAUUAGUAACAAGAUGACAUGUUGGCAUGGUAACACUUGAAGCUUAUCUGCAAGUUCCUAAAAUAAAGCGAUGACAUAUAUGUAGGUUUCUCUGCAUUUGCGUACUAUCCACCUGAAAACAUAUCAUUUCUACAACACACAUGCAAUUAAACCCUACUUCUUACCUUCAAGUAAAGUGAUCAAUGAAUAUAUCAUGCCUCUUUCCUAGUAUUUAUGCAUAAUCUCCCACCAUGAAUUAUAAAUGCUGGUAAUGAACUUGUCCAUUUUGUAACAUCUUGGGCGUUCUGCCAUUUGGUUCCGAAAUGAUUAACGUAAGGAAUAUAAAACGUGCUUCAUUCUCUUUGUGUUUCGUACAGCAUUGAUCUCCCCUAAAUUUAGCCAUCUCCUAGUAUGGAAAUGGUUUUACCAAUACUGGAAAAUUCUGUUUAUUAAUUAAAUUGAUAGACCGGUGGAUACAUUUCAUGUGGUUGAGGAUGGGGAAUUAAAAUCCCAGCUUCACCUCAAAUCACAGUAAUAAAGCAGUAAAGCUUUUAAUGUCAGAUUGUUGUUAGCUGAGACAGAGAGCCUAGCUAUUAUUUUCUAGUUGCCUUAUGGUGAGGAGAAAAGUCUUCCCUAGUUGUUAUACAGUCUGUUCAGUUUUCUUUCAUUAAGCAGAGUUAACUUGUUUAGAUAUGUUAUCUAUGGUAAACAUGCUGAUUUUCAGGGGCUGUUUUACUUGUAUCACUGUUUCAUGUUAAGCUGUUUUUCAGAAUGCAAAAUUGGGCACUUUGUUUCAAUUGCUUUAUAUGCACAGUAUUGCUUUGACCAAAUUUAUUGCAGUUAACAUUAAGAUGCUGCUAUAAAUUCUGCUUAUGUAAAUACAACCUUCUUCUGUCACCCUGGGUGUACAAAACAGGCAGUGUUAUAUGUGAAAUUAUUUUUUUCUCAGUUCACUUAUUUCCAUAUACUCUACUGUAUAAAGCAUGGCAGGAUAUUGAAAAUAUGGCUUACGGUGAUUCCACAGCUCCCUAUGCAACCUGGAAAGCCCAAAUUCUCUUGUUCACACCACUGUGGAUGGCAAAUGCUGGAAGUACAGAGAUUGACUCACUGCAUGAUAAUCACGUUACAUUCAGAGUAAUACAGUUGGCCGGGAAAUAUUGCACAUACGUGGUAGAGUUCCCAAGAUAAACCUCCUGCUAAGGCACGGUUGAUGUUUGUCCUUGUGGCCUUUCAAAACGUGGAAACUCUGAUCUCUAUUUCAUAAGUCUACCUGUAUUUGUAACUUGUAGAUGAAGGAUUUUAGUAUUUGAAUUUAGCAUGGUUGUGUGGUGGAGGGAGGAGGCACAUGUGCAUGCUGGGUUUUGCUGCUAAUCCUUUGGAAAUCCUUUAGUGCCUUAAGGAGGCAGAGGAGGAACAGACCUUAGGAUUACAGAAACUUGUUCAAACCUCUUUCCUGCUUCAGCAGAAUUCCUUUAAAAUACAUUGUGCCUUUGGCUCCAAACAUAUUUGCAUUAGAAAUCAGUAGCCGUGGGAUUAUGGACAGGAAUUUCUGUCCCUGCACUAAUCUUAGGAAAGAGAGUAUAAUGUUUCUUAUAUAGAACAUGACUUAAAAAUGUAGAUAACUGAGGUUCUACCACUGGAAUCCAUGCAUAAAUCAUUAUUUGAGAACUAGGAAUGUUGCAAGUUCGAGGUAAAAUAAAAAAAAAAAAAGAUGAAAUUUAAAUGUUCUAGAUGAAAUACUUGUACCUCUGAAAUGACUGGCAAAUUUCCACUAGCUUCCCUGGGACUAAGAUUUCAUGCUUUCUCCUAAUUGGCUUACAAAAUGUUCACAUGAUACCUAAGCAUCAUGCUCUCUUUAACAUUUUCUAUGCACAUAAGAGAGGGGAAAACAGAGAUUAGCAGUUGUGGAAGCCUGCCUUGAUUUAGAGUCACUGGGAUCUGUGGUAUAAAUCUCCAUUCACUAAUGCUUCUCUAUAUAACAUAGACUCUUGCUAGGGGAAUAUGAAUAUGCAAAUGUAAAUUCCAGUGUGAGAGGUUACUGCGCAAUGUGCACUAGCGGAUUCUGAGCAACCGCAUUUCUCUGCCCUCUAAAUUGUGGUUUUAUCUUUCUUUAAAAAAAGAAGGAAAAUGUAGUAACAGGUGAAAACCAAUCCUGUGCAAAAAGCAUGUGUGAGGCAAUUCAUGCACUCAUUUAGGAUCCUACACAGAUCUUAGGUAAGGCUGAAUAGGCCCUUGGCUCGUGGGUAAAUUUUAUCUUUUAGUAAUUAAGAGCAAUUUAUUGGUAUAGAGCUGAAAAAAAAGAAAAAAAAGGUGAGGAUUUGAAAGUGGAUGUAGUGGUGGUCUUCCGCUUUGCUGUCUGUGAUAAGAAACUAGUUUUAAAGAACAUGUAAAUAAUUAAAAGAAAAUCAUUCCAUGGCUCACAAUAUGCAAGACAAGACUCAGCAUGGAACAGAUUUUUGUAACUUGUUUAUAAAUUAAGCUUCUCUCUUUUGUUUGGAACUUUGAAAAAGUAAUCAUGUAAAUAAGACUUACUACACACAUUUGUUUGACUGGAAAAAAGAUAUUUCCUCACCUCCUUUGGUAUUAAUGAAAAAUCUGGGAUGUAUAAUAUGUGCAGGUCUUGGCUUUUGAGCUCUAGUGCUGCGCAGCUAUUUAGUUCUUUCGAACAGCCAACAGUGUGAUGCUAGCCAGAAGUCACGAAGAGCAGUUGUUAGGGUCAUAAAGUGGGAUCCAUCUGAAGAAGUGCCAAAGAGCGCACAAAAUGCUUGGGGUUUAUGGUUUGAUACUUAUUAAUUAGAUGAACCAGCUGGGUUUUGUUUUGUUUUGUUUUGUUUUUGUAAAUAAGUGCAAAAAGUUUCAACUCUUACCCAUGACUGCCCUGCAACUGGGUGUCAAGGUAGAGAAGAUAACUGAUAAUGUUUCAGUAAUAUGAAAGAUGCCACUCUUGAGCUAGUCCAUUAAAACCUUAUGGUUAACUUUUCAGCAACGACUUUCACUUUAAGAUACUUGUCACAGAUAUCAAAUGUACAUAUGUAUUAAUUUUCAGUGUAACUAGGGAGCAUACAGAACUGUAAUGCAGUCACAAAGUCUACUUGAUGAUUAUCACAGAUUUGUAACUCUCACUUAAAUUAUGUAAGAUAAGUUGACAUUCUAUCUUGUUAACAAGAUGUAUUUUUCUAUGUUAGUUAAAUGUAUAAUUUGUAUAAUUUUGUAUAUUAAAUGUAUGCAUAUUUUAAAUUAAAAACUUUAUAAUUUUAAUUAUUUUUAACUCUAAAAUAGUGGUGGAGAUUGUGAAAUAUAGUUGUAAAUGCAACUCAUAUUAAGUGGGGAAUCGUGAAAGGUGGCACGUUUGUACAUUUGGGAACAAAUGCAGAGCAUCAGGUGCAUUUUUCUUUGUGUGUUGUGAUGUAAAGUGAAACACAGGGCUGAAGUAUCACAGGAAAUGUCACAGAAUUUUGCAAAACAUGAGCUGGUUUUACAUGACUGGAUCUAAUUUUAGUUCAAAAUACAUUGGUAUAAUGUCAAGGGGCAAGAUUCAGGUUAGUUAUUGUGGAUCAUUAAUUUGAGAGUUAUGCUCUUUGAAACCUAGAAAUCUGGUACUAGCAAGACUGUAUGGGACACCAACCUUAGAUACCUACAUUUCCUUACGUGGUCAAGUCAAGAGAAACUGUAUGCCUGGACACCGACCCAGAAAGUCUCUGUUCUGAGGAAGGGGCCACCAAGCGCUAGCUAAUUGGUCUGCUACUAGUGAGGGUAAGGCAAUGGUUGUGUCUGAGCUCUUGCUUCUCUUGGUGGGGGUGCUGUCAUUGAGCUUUUGCUGAAUUAUCAUAAUUAAUACAAAUUAUCAGAAAAGCUUGGGGAGAUCACUUGUUCAAGAAGUGGGAAACCUGAGUCUUCCUCAGCCAAUGGGGUUUUGGACCCACGGUUCCUACAUGUCAGGACACAGCCCAAACCACCAAACUAUAAGAUGGGAUUUUGGGGGGGGGGGGGAGGAGGAGGAGGACACAGCAGCCAGGAAUACAAUAGUCCUUUAGAGCAGAGAGAGGGAGUCUGACCCUGUGAGUUUGCAACUCAGGUUGCUCAUCUGGGAGAAAGAAAACUUGGAUCCAAGUCGCUGUCUUAUUCUGACUCCCUCUGGACUUUCACACUUUGUGUCUGAUGAUUCUGUUGUAAAAUGUGCGAUACAACUUAGCAAAAAUAGGUGCAAAAUUGCAUGUACUAGGAGCACUGUGGCAGGAUUUGCCCCUGCACCGGGGAAGUUUUGUUCUAGCUCAUGGCAUUUGCACUGCUGCAAGGAGAGUGCUGGAUAUAACCAGCAAGCUGGUAAAUGAUGAUUUUUUCGAAAGACUUUUGUUGAAAGUUUUUGUGGAAUGAAGCAAGCAUGUCUCCAGGUUUUCCACUGUCUCUCAUCUAGCCUGCUCUGAAUAUGAUUUAUUUAUCAUUGAUCCCAUAUAGGUGUAAAGACUAAAGAUUCUAUAGGAAGAGGGGACACUUUUGACCAAGUUCUAUUCCUUUUUCACCAAGUUCUGCCAAGACAGGAUGAGAAGCAGGGUCUGCAGCAGACUAUACCGAGACAGUAUAUUUCUCCAGAGUCCCACAUGCAUUUUUUAGAUAAACUUGCAGGGUUGCAGGAAGACAGUGUAUGAGGCUGUAGCUAUGUCUGCCUCUGUGGCAGCUAAAGCUACAAUUUCAUCUCUUAGUGAGCAGAACAGUAUGCAUCUGUCCAGUUAGAACACAGUUCUUAAUAAACUAAGGGUUAUAAUAUGAAGAAUUUCCGUUUAAGAGGAAAGGAAGAUUCUCAUAGAAUUUUAUGCUGUUAUUUCUCACUUGAAAGUUUAAUGCUGUUUUCUAAAGCAAUGAUUAGACGUGUUCUGAGUCUUGUGGUCUCUUUAUGUAUUAUCACUAAGAAGAAUACGCUAGCUAAUGCUGAAUUUUUUUUUCUUUGUUACUUCAAAAAAGUGAGCAGUUCUAGAAAACUGAGCAGUGCUAUAUAAUCAGAUCCAGAGUGUAAAUAGAGUCCAUCUUUCUUGGCUUUAUAGAUGUUAAAGAAAAGAUGCUAUUCAGCUCUGAAUUCUUUAUCAGACACACGCACCAUGUAGUAUGGCACCUAUUAUGGGAUCAUCAGAAAUAUUUUUUUCUGGAGGUUCUAAUUCAUCGCUUGAUUAGAGAGAGAAACCCAGUAAAAUGAAUAAUUUCCCCAAUACUUAAGAAGACAUAAAUGAAAUUACAUGUACUAUAAAUGAAAUUACAUGUACUGCCUGCAUAUCUCACUAUCAGGGUUUGUUAUCCUGUGGAGGAACAAACUGAUCUUUUUUUUUCCAAUAUGAUCAAUAAAUCUCAGUGUUAUCAUUAAGGAAAAGGAAACAAUAUUUGCCUAUAUACAAGAAGUAUUUAGGAAAGUGAUGUCCUAGGAACUAUACUUAUUUUUUCACAUACCAAUACAAUUUUCAUAUGAUUAUAACAUGUUAACACAUUCUGUGUUAGCAUUGUUACCAUAUGU